AUGGCUGACGAAGGCGUUGCUGAGCAUUAUCAGGUCCUCGAGGAACUUGGUCGUGGCAGUUUUGGCGUCGUAUACAAAGGCAUUGAGAAAGCAACUGGCGAAACUGUCGCUAUCAAACAUAUCGACCUUGAAUCCAACGAUGAUGAUAUCCAAGAUAUCCAGGCCGAAAUCGCUGUUCUGAGCACUUGCGCCAGCUCGUACGUUACCCAAUACAAAGGCUCUUUUUUGCGAGGCCAUAAGUUAUGGAUCGUCAUGGAAUAUCUCGGCGGCGGAUCCUGUUUGGACCUGCUGAAACCCGCCAACUUCAGCGAAACGCACAUUGCUAUUGUUUGUCGCGAACUGCUGCUCGGCAUCCAAUACCUUCAUAAUGAGGGCAAGAUUCACAGAGAUAUCAAGGCCGCCAACGUGCUCUUAUCCGAGACUGGCAAAGUCAAGCUUGCCGAUUUUGGAGUUGCGGCCCAAUUGACCAACAUCAAAUCGCAACGAAACACUUUUGUCGGAACACCUUUCUGGAUGGCUCCAGAGGUGAUUCAGCAAGACGGCUACAGCUUCAAGGCCGAUAUCUGGUCUCUGGGUAUCACAGCUAUGGAGAUGGCCAACGGCGAACCCCCAUUGUGUCACAUCCACCCCAUGAAGGUCCUCUUUCACAUCCCGAAAAAUCCGGCUCCUCGUCUUGAGGGCAACUUUAGCAAAGAUUUCAAGGACUUCAUUGCACAGUGCCUCACCAAGGACUAUGACCGUCGACCAUCUGCAAAAGACCUACUACGCCACCGUUUCAUUCGUAACGCGGGCAAGGUGGAGGCUCUACAGGAACUUAUUGCUCGUCGACAGAUGUGGGACGCCAACCAGAACAGACAGAAGCAUCCUAUUUAUUAUCAAGAGACCCUCCAAAGCAUGACCCCUAAGGAUGAGCAGCAGGAAUGGGUCUUUGACACAGUAAAGUCUGUCGCACCACCUCCCAGGAGGCCGACAAUCAAGCAGCACCGGAAGCCAUCAUCCAUUUGGAACGCCGAGGAGGCGAUGAAGAAGCUGGAUGUCAAGGAUGGUCCGCUUGGAGGAACUUCUCCCGCCCCGGGUACUGUCAGAAAGUCAACGGUCCGACGAGCACCGUCUUUAGCUCAAGAAACAUCAGCGCGUCCUGGUUCUCCCCGGGGUUCCAUCGCCCCUAAGAGACCUCUCCAACCAGAUAUGUCAUUUGGCAAUUCAGGAUCGACUAUGCGUCUUUUCAGAAGAGUCCCCUCAGAUGGUUCGAACGGGAGUCAAGGGAACCGACCAGUCUCCCCCGACGAUGUCUUCUGUGACGAGAACCUUCCUCGUCCUACCACAUCCCCUGUUGAACCAUAUGGCAAAGAGGCUGUACUGGGGAGACGCUUGUACAACAAAGCUGUGGAGCCUUCUCUGGCCGAGCUACAUGCUCAGACCUCUGCGAUGCACAAGCGAGAAGCGCUGGCUAAGUUAUCUGAUGCUUUCGCAGCCUUGGACGCAGUCGAUCCUGAGGGGGCCUAUCACCUUAUGACGAGCAUGGUAUCAUCAAUCUCUCAAGACAACAAGCUUAGCGCAACGAUCCUUCGACAGCCUGCUCAGAAGACUCCUGGGGACGGCACCCCGCAAGGUACUGUGAUUGUCAAGAACACCACCCCUGCGUCGAGUCCAACCAAGCUCGUCAUGGCCUCAAACAAUCCUCAUUUGCGCAGCCAUCGACGCCGUCAUGCUGAUACUCCUACCAUGUAUGAGAAGAACUUUGACCCUGAGAAGUUGGCUACCGAGAGCAAAUAUCCUGGUCAGGAGGCCCGGUCCGGCAUGGAGCAUUGCAAGCAGUUAUCUGACGUGCUCUACUCACGUUGGGUAGACGGUCUUCGAAUCCGUUGGCCCGCUGUCUGA